CUCGCUGUGCUCCUCACCCACGCCAGACCACCACCGACAUUGGCCACAAGGACCAUGGCAGUUCAACUCAAUAAAACCCUCAUUAACGCUCGGCUAAAGACCGUUUAUGACAACUGGAAUAAUGCCACCCAGAACGACGAGUUCGGGUCCAUAGCGGACUCAGAUGCUAUUUUGCUCCUUUCAGGAGACCCUGCAGGAGAGGACGAGCCAGUCCGGAAGGGCACCGCGUUCCAGACUUGGCUUCUUGGUUACGAAUUUCCGUCUACAUUUAUCCUAUUUGACAAGAAGAAAAUCUUUAUUCUCUGUUCAGCCAGCAAAGCAAAAUUUCUGCAACAGAUCACAGAUGGAAACCCUCCCGUUCCCAUUGAAAUACUCAUUCAGGCUAAAGCCAAGGAACCUCCGACGGAUGCACUUCCAAAGUUCGUGGACACUUAUGCGUCACACAAACGCAUCGCCACUCUCGUGAAAGAGUCGUACUCCGGAAAAUUGAUAACAGAGUGGGAGCAGGCGCUCUCGAAGGUUGCACAGCAACCAGAACAUGUGGAUUUGGCCCCCGCGGUCUCAGCGUACAUGGCUGUCAAAGACGAAGAGGAAUUGAAAACCAUACGCACGGCCGCAAAUCUAACAUCGACUCUGCUCAUUUAUCACAUCAUGGUGAAAUUGGAGACGAUUCUUGACAAAGAAGCAAAGAUCACCCACGACCAAUUUGCCAGUCAAAUAGAGCUUCGGAUAGGGACCGGAGAAGGCGAUGACGUGAAAGGUCCCGACAUGAGAGUUUGGAGUAAAGGUCGUGGCCUACAAGAUGUUGAUUGGGCAUCGACAGAGUUCUGCUACACACCCAUCAUCCAAUCAAGGUCGACCAGCACUGGCUAUGACCUCAAGUCCACAGCAAUCUCAUCGGCGGACCCUAUUGCCCACAAAGGUGUUAUCCUUAUUGCAGUUGGCAUGCGAUACAAGAGCUAUUGUGCCAACCUUGGGCGUAGUGUAAUUGUUGACCCUUCCAAGGAGCAAGAGGAAAUCUACAACCUCUUGAUAUCAUUGCAGUCCGAGCUUAUGCGCGAAAUGAAGGAUGGCGUCACAGCUCGUGAUGUCUACCAUCGGUCACUGGAGUAUAUCAAGGAUAAGAAGCCCGAGCUGGAGAAACACUUUGUCAAGAAUGUCGGUUCUGUGAUUGGUCUUGAGUUCAGAGAUUCUACCUAUGUUUUGUCGUCAAAGAAUGCACGGCAUUUGCGGACAAACAUGGUCUUCAACUUGUCUUUAGGAUUCUCCGACUUGGUGGACGACACAGGGAAGAAGUAUGCAUUGCACCUCGUCGACACAGUUCGGGUUGGUCCUGACAAAGCUACCUUCCUCACGGACGGGGCUAAAUUACCUACCGACACUUUGUUCUAUUUGAACACCACGGAAGACCAAGUUGAUGAUCAGGCCAAGUCAUCCAAGAAUCCUCCAAUCAAACCUCUUAUCAACGGCACACCCAUAAAAAAUAAGACGGUAGGAGGCAAAGUUCUGCGAAACAAGACGCGAAGUGCUGCUCAGGAGGAAGUACUGCAGACAACAGCUGCGCGAAUCAAGGAGCAUCAGAUCGAGUUACACGCAGCUCUUCAACGUGAAGGGCUUGCGAAGUACUCCGAGAAUGGUGUCAAACAUGGAGAGAAGGAGGGUAAGGGCUGGAAACGUUUCCAGAGCUAUAAGGGUGAGGGUGCACUCCCCAAGGAAGCUGAAGGGUUGCGUAUCGUUGUCGACCGCAAAGCGCAAACUAUCAUUCUUCCUGUGCACGGCUUCGCCGUUCCCUUUCACAUCAACACCAUUAAAAACGUCAGCAAAAAUGAUGAGGGUGACUUUACCUACCUACGCAUCAACUUCCAGACACCGGGUCAACUUGCUGGAAAGAAAGAUGAUACGCCGUUUGAAGAUCCGGAUGCGACAUUUAUUAGGUCGGUGACCUACCGCUCCGCUGACAGCCAUCGCUUCGAUACCAUCUCAAAGCAGAUUACCGACCUGAAGAAGGAAGUUAACAAGAGGGAACAGCAGAAGAAAGAGAUGGCGGAUGUCAUUGAACAAGAUAUUUUAGUGGAAAUCAAGGGCAGAAGACCUCACAAGCUCCCUGAAGUCUUCGUCCGCCCUGCAUUGGAUGGAAAACGGAUUCCAGGCGAAGUCGAAAUACAUCAAAAUGGUCUUCGUUACCAGUCACCCAUGGGUUCGCAGAAAAUUGACGUCCUGUUCAGCAACAUAAAACACCUCUUCUUUCAACCAUGCGAUAAGGAACUCCUUGUGAUCGUUCAUGUUCAUUUAAAGGCUCCAAUUAUGAUUGGGAAGAGGAAGGCACACGACAUCCAAUUCUUCCGUGAAGCUUCUGAUGUUCAAUUUGACGAAACCGGCAACCGGAAGCGCAAACAUCGUUACGGUGACGAAGAUGAAAUUGAGAUGGAACAGCAAGAACGGAAACGUAGGCAAAUGCUUAACAAAGAGUUCAAGCUCUUCGCCGAGCGAGUGGCGGAAGCAGCCUCGACUUCCACUGGUGACACCUUGGAAGUUGACAUUCCUUUCCGCGAGCUUUCGUUUGAGGGAGUUCCAUUCCGCACCAACGUGCGCCUGCAGCCAACUACAGAGUGUCUGGUGCACUUCAUCGAGCCUCCUUUCCUCGUUGUCACUCUCAAUGAGAUAGAGAUUGCCUCGUUAGAACGCGUGCAAUUCACUCUCAAACAGUUCGACAUGGUUCUUGUUUUCAAGGAUUUCACAAAGACUCCUCUCCACAUCAACUCGAUACCUAGCUCGCAGUUGGACGACGUGAAGAAUUGGCUCGACUCCGUUGAUAUACCGAUGAGCGAGGGACCUGUUAACCUGAACUGGGGCCCGAUCAUGAAAACAAUCAACGACGAUCCAUACGAAUUCUUCCAACAGGGCGGUUGGAGCUUCCUCGGUGGUGCUGGUGCGGAGAGCGAAGUUGAAGAAGAUUCGGAGAGCGAGUCCGAGUUUGAAGCCGAUUCAGAUGAGUCUGAACCCGAGGAGAGCGGCGACGAGGGCAGUGCUUACGAUGGCUCUGAUGCUAGCGACGAGUCAGGAAGUGUUUCGUAUGAUGACGCAAGUGAUGAGGGGGAUGAUUGGGACGAACUGGAGAGGAAAGCAGCGAAAUCUGAUUCCAAGCGAGCUGCUGAAGCGAAGACUCGUCGAGGCUCUGAUGUUUCCGAUGACGACGAGAGACCCAAAAAGAAGUCCGCGGCGAAGUCCAAGGCUAAUGGGAAAGGCAAACGAUGACGUAGCAUUCUUGCGGAUGCAGUAUUCUUCCACGUAUAGUAUAUUCGUUAACUUCACUUCACAUACAUGAUCGCAGUUACUG